CUCAUACCCUUAGUCUUUAAGUAUACUUCACAAGCAAGUUAAAUUUUCAAUAAUUUUGUGUGAGGGAUAUUGUGGCAAUGGCAUUGAUAGAUAAACCAUUAACAUUAGCCACAACCAUAGGCACAAAUGUUUUCCAAAGUGGAAAUAUUCAUUGGAAGCAAUUCAAUGUUGACACAUCCAAUAGAAACUGCCCAAAACCAUUGUUAGUGUUUACACCAACCGUGGAAGGAACAUACCCUAUCAUUUUGUUUUGCCAUGGUUUUGGUGUUUGUAAUAGCUUCUACUCUAACCUCUUAGGUCACAUAACUUCUCAUGGAUUCAUAGUUGUUGCUCCUCAAUUGUUUACCGUGGGCUUGCCUAUGCCUGGACAAUGUGAAGUAAAUUUUGCAGGAAAAGUUGUGAAUUGGAUAAGCAAUGGACUUCAACCUAUAAUCAAUGAAAAUAUUGAAGAGAAAGUUGAAGCAAAAUUGGACACAUUGGUUCUUGCAGGUCAUCAUAGUAAAGGUGGAAAAACAGCUUUUGCAAUAGCACUUGGUCAUGCAAAAACCAACCUUAAAUUUUCAGCCCUUAUUGGGAUAGAUCCAGUGGCAGGCCCAAGUAAGUGUAAAAUAUGUAGAACACCUCCUCAUAUUCUAACGGGCCAAGCCCAAUCAUUUAAUUUAAACAUACCAGUUGUUGUAAUUGGAACUGGGCUAGGCCCAGAAAAGUCCAAUUGUUUUUCUAUACCUUGUGCUCCUGAGGGGGUGAAUCAUAAGCAAUUUUUUUAUGAGUGUAAACCCCCUUGUGCACAUUUUGUUACAAAGGACUAUGGUCACAUGGAUAUGUUAGAUGAUGAUUCACAAACACAAGGGUUAAGAGAGAGUGUUUUGAAGUGUAUUUGUAAAAGUGGAAUUGGUUCUAAAGAUUUUAUGAGAAGGACUUUGGGAGGGUUGGUUGUUGCAUUUUUGAAGGCUCAUUUGAAUAAUCAAUGGAAAGAUUUUCAAGCUAUUUUGGAUGAUCCAAAUCUUGCUCCUGCCAAACUUGAAGACCCUAUUGUGUAUAAUAUAUAGUUUCAUGAAGUUAUCUUUAAAAUAAAAAUAUGGGUUGUUAGUUAUUUACAUUUAAGUUUUUCAAAUCAAAUUGGCUUAUGUGUUGAUGAACUUUAUCUUCAAGUAUGUGUAUGUAUAAUUAAUUUGAGAUUUUGUUCAAUCAAUUCAUUAAGUUAAUGUCAAUAUUUUUUAUAUUU